GCUAAAAAAGCAUCUUCUUCUUCCUUUUUCCUUUUUUUCCAUUCUUAACACUUUGCUUUUGCUUAUUCAAGUUUCUUUUUUACUUAUUUAGCUUUUGCUUCUGAUUGUAACCAAACUCGCUUCUCUCCUUCUCCUUCUUACUCUUUGCGUGUGGUUUAUCUUCCUCUAUAGUAAUCUCUCGCAUUAAUCCUAUCUCAUUUCUCAAACUUUUUGCUUAAUUCAAUCUCCUCCUCCUUCUCUGCUUUCUGGGUUUAUUCGAGUCUCGAGUUCUGUGAUUACUUGUUCUCUUUCCCGGGAAAAUUAUCACCCACAUGAAUCUGCUUCAUUAACUAAACUUAUAAUCUUCACAAAGUUUCAAGCUUUCGUUUUGAAAAUUCACAAUUCAUGGGGAUCUGUCAUGGUAAACCCAUCGAGCAACAAUCAAAAAGCCUCCCAGUUUCCGGCGAAACUGAUGAAGCUCCGACGAAUUCUCAGCCGGCGGCGAAAUCCUCUGGCUUUCCGUUUUACAGCCCUAGCCCUGUUCCUAGCUUAUUCAAAUCCUCACCUUCCAUAUCAUCAAGCGUGAGCUCAACGCCUCUUCGUAUCUUCAAGAGACCUUUCCCUCCUCCUUCUCCUGCUAAGCACAUACGAGCUUUUCUCGCGCGUCGUUACGGCUCUAUCAAGCCUAACGAGGCCUCGAUUCCUGAAGGUAAAGAAUGUGAGAUCGGUCUCGAUAAGAGAUUUGGGUUUUCGAAACAGUUUGCUUCACACUAUGAGAUUGAUGGCGAGGUGGGUCGUGGACAUUUUGGGUAUACUUGCUCUGCUAAGGGUAAAAAAGGCAGCUUGAAAGGUCAAGAAGUUGCUGUUAAAGUUAUUCCUAAAUCUAAGAUGACAACUGCAAUUGCAAUUGAGGAUGUUAGUAGAGAAGUGAAGAUAUUGCGGGCGUUGACUGGUCACAAGAACCUAGUCCAGUUCUAUGAUGCGUUUGAAGAUGAUGAAAAUGUUUACAUUGUCAUGGAAUUAUGCAAAGGUGGUGAGCUUUUGGACAAAAUCCUUCAAAGGGGUGGAAAAUACUCAGAAGAUGAUGCUAAAAAAGUUAUGGUUCAGAUUCUCAGUGUUGUGGCUUACUGUCAUCUGCAAGGUGUGGUUCACCGUGACCUUAAACCCGAGAACUUUCUGUUCACUACGAAAGAUGAGACGUCUCCUCUAAAAGCAAUUGAUUUUGGUCUUUCUGAUUACGUCAAGCCAGACGAGAGGUUGAAUGAUAUUGUAGGAAGUGCCUACUAUGUGGCCCCGGAAGUUUUACACCGUACAUAUGGGACAGAAGCUGACAUGUGGAGUAUUGGAGUGAUUGCUUAUAUUCUUCUCUGCGGCAGUCGGCCCUUUUGGGCCCGUACUGAAUCCGGAAUCUUUCGAGCCGUCCUAAAGGCAGAACCCAAUUUUGAAGAAGCUCCUUGGCCGUCUUUAUCACCUGACGCUGUAGAUUUUGUGAAAAGAUUGCUAAACAAAGAUUACCGUAAAAGACUAACUGCGGCCCAGGCUUUGUGUCACCCCUGGCUGGUUGGCUCGCAUGAACUAAAUAUUCCAUCUGAUAUGAUCAUAUACAAGCUUGUAAAAGUGUACAUUAUGUCAACUUCCUUGAGAAAGUCAGCUUUAGCGGCUCUUGCCAAGACAUUAACUGUACCGCAGUUAGCUUAUCUGCGGGAGCAAUUUACAUUGUUGGGGCCAAGCAAGAAUGGAUAUAUCUCGAUGCAGAAUUACAAAACAGCAAUCCUGAAGAGCGCAACAGAUGCUACGAAGGAUUCACGAGUCUUAGAUUUUGUUCAUAUGAUAAGUUGUCUUCAAUACAAGAAACUAGACUUUGAAGAGUUUUGUGCUUCAGCAUUAAGCGUUUAUCAGCUCGAAGCAAUGGAAACAUGGGAGCAACACGCAAGGCGUGCUUACGAGUUGUUUGAGAAGGACGGGAAUAGACCCAUCAUGAUUGAAGAACUUGCAUCGGAACUCGGACUUGGGCCAUCAGUACCGGUGCAUGUUGUUCUUCAGGAUUGGAUAAGACAUUCGGAUGGCAAACUUAGCUUCUUGGGCUUUGUCAGAUUACUACAUGGCGUGUCUUCUCGGACAUUACAGAAAGCUUAGAGCAAAACCACAUUGUUAGUUGAGAAAAGAUGCAACUAGGUGUAUUCUGGCUUCUUCUUUCUUCCAUUUCUUGAUAGUGUUUUUAGCUUCUUUUUUUUCUUGUUUCUCUAAUCAUGGGUAAGCAUUUGAGUCAAAGAUUCGAUAUUUGUGUCUGUGAGUGUCUCUGUGUGUGGUGGGAAGAAAAAAAAAGUCUACGAAAAAAAGGAAUGUACAGAAUCAGACAUAUCCAUAUUAUCUCCUUAAAUUCAUUGAUGUCUACC